CUGAGGCCAUCGGUGCGUUACCAUCUCCCUAAAUUACUCAGUUGUUGUCCAGUAGAUUAUACCUGCUGGAACACGUUGUCGUUUGGAAUUUUUUAAAUUUUUUGGUGUUUGAGAUGAUGAUCGAGGUGUGAUGGAGCAGAAGCACGCUUUGUUGUCUGCAUUGAGUGUCGGUGUAGGAUUAGGCCUCGGUUUGGCUUCUGCUUCCACACUCGGUCGAUGGACUUGCUCCUCAGCUGGUGGAGGCAUCUCCGCCGAGGAAAUGCACAUGGAACUGUUUCAAUUGGUGGUUGAUGGAAAGGAGAGCAAAGUUACCUUUAAUGAGUUUCCGUAUUAUCUCAGUGAACGCACACGUAUAUUAUUGACAAGUGCAGCAUAUGUCCAUCUGAAACACUUAAAUGUCUCUAAGCACACUCGGAACCUUUCUCCAGCAAGUCGGACUAUAUUGCUCACGGGACCUGCAGAACUAUACCAACAAAUGCUUGCUAAGGCUCUAGCACAUUAUUUUGAAGCAAAGCUGCUCCUCCUCGACAUAGCCGACUUUUCACUUAAGAUGCAGAGCAAGUAUGGCGGCGCCAAGGGUAACAUUAGGUCUCUCUCAGAAGUAACAAUGGAACAAAUGUCUAAUUUUCUUGGUUCCUUCUCUAUUCUUCCUUCAAGAGAAGACAAAACAGCUCCUCCCAAGCGCAUCAACAACUGGUGUUUCGAUGAGAAAAUUUUCCUUCAGUCAGUAUACAAGGCAUUGGUUUCAAUUUCUCAAACAAGUUGCAUCAUUCUCUAUAUCCGAGAUGUUGAGAAAGUUCUACUGCAAUCCUGUAAACUGUACAAAUUGUUUGAUGAAAUGUUGAAGAAAUUAUCUGGACCAAUUUUGAUUCUUGGUUCCCGGAGACCCAACCAGCCUGAAAAUUCUCAGCAAAUCGAUGACAGAAUUAGUUGUUUAUUUCCCUAUAAUAUUGAGAUCAGACCCCCUGAAGACGAAACUCAUCUUGUGAGCUGGAAAUCUCAACUGGAAGAGGAUUUGAAGAAGAUCCAAUUUCAGGACAACAAGAACCAUAUAGCUGAGGUGCUUGCAGCAAAUGAUAUCGAGUGUGAUGAUCUAGGAUUGAUUGGUCAUGCAGACACAACAGAUCUAAGUAACCAUAUAGAGGAAAUUGUUGUUUCUGCAGUGUCAUACCAUUUGAUGAAUAACAAAAAUCCAGAAUUCCGCAAUGGGAAGCUUGUCAUCACAUCUAACAGUCUCUCCCACGGAUUGAGUAUUUUUCAAGAGGGGAGAAGCAGUGGCAAAGAUUCCCUUAAAAUGGAGAGCAAUGCUGAGUGUUUCAUGGAUGGUGCUGAACGGACAGAAAAUGCUGGAUCAAAACCUGAUACAAAGUUUGAAAACAAGACGGAGGUAGAAAGAUCAAUUUCUGCGAAGAUGGAUGGUGAAAAUACAUCAAACUCUAAGCCAGAAGCCCCUCCCGACAACGAAUUUGAGAAGCGCAUAAGGCCAGAAGUUGUCCCUGCAAAUGAGAUUGGAGUAACAUUUUCCGACAUUGGUGCUCUGGAUGGGAUUAAAGAAUCACUUCAGGAGUUGGUCAUUCUUCCCCUUCGAAGACCAGACCUUUUCAAUGGUGGGCUUCUGAAACCGUGCAGAGGCAUACUGCUCUUUGGUCCUCCAGGAACAGGAAAAACAAUGCUUGCCAAGGCCAUUGCAAAUGAAGCUGGCGCAAGCUUCAUAAACGUCUCAAUGUCUACCAUCACUUCAAAAUGGUUUGGGGAAGAUGAAAAGAAUGUCCGAGCUCUUUUCACCCUUGCAGCUAAGGUUUCUCCAACCAUUAUAUUCGUGGAUGAAGUUGACAGUAUGCUUGGCCAGCGGACAAGAGUGGGAGAGCAUGAAGCGAUGAGGAAAAUAAAGAACGAAUUUAUGACUCAUUGGGAUGGCCUGCUGACAAGACCCGGUGAGCGCAUUCUUGUUCUUGCAGCUACAAACCGACCUUUUGACCUUGAUGAAGCUAUAAUCAGACGGUUUGAGCGAAGAAUUAUGGUUGAUCUACCCUCAGUGGAGAGCAGAGAGAAGAUAUUGAAUACCCUGUUGUCUAAAGAGAAAGUGGAAGAUCUAGACUUAAAAGAACUUGCAGCCAUGACUGAAGGUUACAGUGGAAGUGAUCUCAAGAUUUUAUGCGUAACUGCUGCUUACAGACCGGUGAGAGAACUUAUCCAGCAAGAGAGGCAGAAGGACAAGGAAAAGAAGCAGAAAGGCGAAGAAGGGAAGAGCUCUGAAGCUGAGUCUGCAUCGGAAGAAGCAGCAAUUAAAGAAGAAAAAGCCAUUUCUUUAAGACCGCUAAACAUGCAGGAUAUGAGGCAGGCAAAGAAUCAGGUUGCUGCCAGUUUUGCUUCCGAAGGAUCCAUAAUGGCGGAGCUGAAGCAAUGGAACGAUCUAUAUGGGGAGGGGGGUUCAAGAAAGAAACAGCAGUUGUCUUACUUCCUAUAGAAGGGGGGAGUCACCGGUGCAAAUCUACUUCACAGGUUAGUCUCUAUGUGGUCUUCUAGAUUGCAACCGGUCUUGCUUGCUUGCCAUUAUUAGUAUUGAUUUGAUUUUAGUAGAGCCAUGAUUCAAUCCUUGUUUAAAUUAUUUUUUACAUGCAUGCAUGAUAGAUUUUACGAGUUGGGAUGAUUUUGCAAAUCUGUGUAAAUUUGUAUUUUGCAUAUUUGCUUUCGAGUGUCUCCAGUAAUUAAUUUUUUAUCUAUUUCUACCAGCACUGCCCUGCCCUGCCCUGUAAGUAAGUAGUGUGACCAAAUUAGUUCACAUACUAUAAAUCGUAACACAAUUGCUGCUACAUCUCUAAACCCUAAACCACAUACAUAUAUCAUAUCAUGAAUAAUAUGAUUGAACCUAAAAGCUUCCACGUCGUCAUUAUCUUUAUGCUUGACUUAUAAUUUAUCCUAUAUGUCUUGUGCUAUCAGCAGCUCUUAUACUGAAAACAUCAUGACAUGAAAAUUGCUUGCUGACUAGUUAUAAUAAACAAACCCAAAAACCAACUCAUGGGUUUCUACUAUCAGACAAUUCAAUCACAACUCAAACCAGAGGGCCUACUACCCCUCCCAAUCACUGUAUGCCAACAUAUCAUGCCACAACAGGGUUUCACAGGUGCUUCUUGUCUUUCAAUGGCCCUUUUGGAA